CUUAGGAAAGUGGAAAAGAAAAUCAAGGUUGCUUUUGGGAGACAUUAGACAACCGAAUAAAUGCAGUAUCUAAAUAUAAAAGAGGACUGCAAUGCCAUGGCUUUCUGUGCUAAAAUGAGGAGCUCCAAGAAGACUGAGGUAAAUCUGGAGGCCCCUGAGCCAGGGGUGGAAGUGAUCUUCUAUCUGCCGGACAGGGAGCCCCUCCGGCUGGCCAGCGGGGAGUACACGGCUGAGGAGCUGUGCAUCAAGGCCGCACAGGAAUGCCGUAUCUCUCCUCUAUGUCACAACCUCUUUGCCCUGUACGAUGAGGACACCAAGCUCUGGUACGCUCCAAAUUGCACCAUUGUUGUCGAUGACAAGACAUCGCUCCGGAUCCACUACCGGAUGAGGUUCUAUUUCACCAACUGGCAUGGGACCAACGACAAUGAGCAGUCAGUGUGGAGACAUUCUCCAAAGAAGCAGAAAAAUGGCUACGAGAAAAAAAGAGUCCCAGAUGCAACCCCUCUCCUUGAUGCCAGCUCGCUAGAGUAUCUGUUUGCUCAGGGACAGUAUGACUUGGUCAAAUGCUUGGCUCCCAUCCGAGACCCUAAGACAGAGCAGGAUGGACAUGAUAUUGAGAAUGAGUGUCUGGGAAUGGCCGUCCUCGCCAUCUCGCACUACGCCAUGAUGAAGAAGAUGCAGUUGCCAGAACUUCCCAAGGAUAUCAGCUAUAAGCGGUAUAUCCCAGAAACAUUGAAUAAGUCCAUCAAACAGAGGAAUCUCCUCACCAGGCUGCGAAUAAAUAAUGUUUUCAAGGAUUUUCUAAAGGAAUUUAACAACAAGACCAUUUGUGACAGCAGCGUGUCCACACACGACCUGAAGGUGAAAUACCUGGCUACCUUAGAAACCUUGACAAAGCAUUACGGUGCUGAGAUAUUUGAGACUUCUGUGUUACUGAUUUCAUCAGAAAAUGAAAUGACCCGAUUUCAUUCAAACGGCACUGUAAACACUGUCUGCUAUGAAGUGAUGGUGACUGGAAAUCUGGGCAUCCAGUGGAGGCAGAAGCCAAAUGUUCUUCCUGUUGAAAAGGAAAAAAAUAAAUUGAAGCGGAAAAAACUGGAAAACAAACACAAGAAGGAUGAGGAGAAAAACAAAAUCCGGGAAGAGUGGAACAAUUUUUCUUACUUUCCUGAAAUCACUCACAUUGUCAUAAAGGAGUCUUUGGUCAGCAUUAACAAGCAGGACAACAAAAAAAUGGAAUUGAAGCUCUCUUCCCACAAGGAGGCCUUGUCCUUUGUAUCUCUGGUAGAUGGCUACUUCCGGCUCACAGCAGAUGCCCAUCAUUACCUCUGCACCGAUGUGGCUCCCCCACUGAUUGUACACAACAUACAGAACGGGUGUCACGGCCCAAUCUGCACAGAGUAUGCCAUCAACAAACUGCGGCAAGAAGGAAGCGAAGAAGGGAUGUAUGUGCUGAGGUGGAGCUGCACCGAUUUUGACAACAUCCUCAUGACCGUCACCUGCUUUGAAAAGUCUGAGGUCAGUCAGGACACUGAGAAACAGUUUAAGAACUUUCAGAUCGAGGUACAGAAGGGCCACUACAGCUUGCACGGUUCAGACCACAGCUUCCCCAGCCUGGGAGACCUCAUGGGCCACCUCAAGAAGCAGAUCCUGCGCACCGACAACAUCAGCUUUGUGCUGAAACGCUGCUGCCAACCCAAGCCCCGAGAAAUCUCCAAUCUGCUGGUGGCUACCAAGAAAGCCCAGGAGUGGCAACCCGUCUACCCCAUGAGCCAACUGAGUUUCGAUCGGAUCCUCAAAAAAGAUAUCAUUCAAGGUGAGCACCUUGGGAGAGGUACAAGAACACACAUCUACUCUGGGACACUGUUAGAUUACAAGGAUGAUGAAGGAACUUCUGAAGAAAAGAGAAUAAAAGUGAUCCUCAAAGUCUUAGACCCCAGCCACAGGGACAUUUCUCUGGCCUUCUUCGAGGCAGCCAGCAUGAUGAGACAGGUCUCCCACAAACACAUCGUGUACCUCUAUGGUGUCUGUGUUCGAGACGUGGAAAAUAUCAUGGUGGAAGAAUUUGUGGAGGGGGGCCCCCUGGAUCUCUUCAUGCACCGGAAAAGUGAUGCUCUCACCACACCGUGGAAGUUCAAAGUCGCCAAACAGCUGGCCAGUGCUCUGAGUUACCUGGAGGAUAAAGACCUGGUCCAUGGAAAUGUGUGCACGAAAAAUCUGCUCCUGGCCCGCGAGGGCAUUGACAAUGAAUGCAGCCCAUUCAUCAAGCUCAGUGACCCUGGCAUCCCCAUCACCGUGCUGACCCGGCAAGAGUGCAUAGAACGCAUCCCAUGGAUUGCUCCCGAGUGUGUUGAAGACUCCAAGAACCUGAGUGUGGCUGCUGACAAGUGGAGCUUUGGCACCACACUGUGGGAAAUUUGCUACAAUGGCGAGAUCCCCCUGAAAGACAAAACACUUAUUGAGAAAGAGCGGUUUUAUGAAAGCCGAUGCAGACCAGUGACACCAUCCUGCAAGGAGCUGGCUGAUCUGAUGACCCGCUGCAUGAACUACGACCCCAGUCAGAGGCCCUUCUUCCGAGCCAUCAUGAGAGACAUUAAUAAGCUUGAAGAGCAGAAUCCAGACAUUGUUUCAGAAAGAAAACCAGCAACUGAGGUGGAUCCCACACACUUCGAAAAGCGGUUCUUAAAGCGGAUACGUGAUUUGGGAGAGGGCCACUUUGGGAAGGUCGAGCUGUGCAGGUAUGACCCUGAGGGAGACAAUACUGGGGAGCAGGUGGCUGUCAAAUCCCUGAAGCCCGAGAGUGGAGGCAACCACAUUGCUGAUCUGAAGAAGGAAAUAGAAAUCCUAAGGAACCUGUAUCAUGAGAACAUUGUGAAGUACAAAGGGAUCUGCACAGAAGACGGAGGAAAUGGUAUUAAGCUCAUCAUGGAAUUUCUGCCUUCUGGAAGCCUUAAGGAAUAUCUUCCAAAGAAUAAGAACAAAAUCAACCUUAAACAGCAGCUAAAAUAUGCUGUUCAGAUUUGUAAGGGAAUGGACUAUUUGGGUUCUCGGCAAUAUGUUCACCGGGAUUUAGCAGCAAGAAACGUCCUUGUUGAGAGUGAACACCAAGUGAAGAUUGGAGACUUCGGUUUAACCAAAGCAAUUGAAACUGACAAGGAGUACUACACAGUCAAGGAUGACCGGGACAGCCCUGUGUUUUGGUACGCCCCAGAAUGUUUAAUCCAGUGUAAAUUCUACAUCGCUUCUGACGUCUGGUCGUUUGGAGUGACUCUGCAUGAACUGCUCACUUACUGUGAUUCCGACUCCAGUCCCAUGGCGUUGUACCUGAAAAUGAUCGGCCCAACUCAUGGCCAGAUGACAGUCACAAGACUUGUGAAUGCAUUAAAGGAAGGAAAGCGUUUGCCAUGUCCUACCAACUGCCCCGAUGAGGUUUACCAACUUAUGAGAAAAUGCUGGGAAUUACAACCAUCCAGUCGGACAACCUUUCAAAACCUUAUUGAAGAAUUUGAAGCACUUUUAAAAUAA